UCAUCCCUGGCACUUGUGCUUGGUGGAUAAAUUCGUACUCAGUUUGUUUGACGUACUCGUUAAGAAAUUUCUUCGACGCCAUGGACGCGUUUUCGUCUUUCUUCGAUUCUCAAUCGGGAUCCAGAAACCGGUGGAGCUAUGACUCUCUCAAGAAUUUCCGGCAGAUUUCGCCGGCCGUUCAGACUCAUCUCCAGCGGGUUUACCUCACUCUUGGUUGUGCUUUAGUUGCAUCUGCUGCUGGAGCUUAUCUGCAUAUUCUUUGGAAUAUUGGCGGUAUUCUCACAACACUUGCAUCAAUCGGAUGUAUUACAUGGCUAAUGUCCACUCCUCCUUAUGAAGAGAAAAGGAGGAUUUCUAUUUUAUUGGGGGCUGCUCUUCUGGAAGGGGCUUCGAUUGGUCCUUUGAUCAAUCUGGCUGUCGAGAUUGACCCAAGUGUUCUAGUCAGUUCUUUUGUGGGAACUGCAGUGGCUUUCGGUUGUUUCUCAGCGGCAGCCAUGUUGGCCAGACGAAGAGAAUUCCUUUAUCUGGGUGGCUUACUUUCUUCAGGCAUAUCCAUGUUACUCUGGCUACAUUUUGCCUCCUCUAUAUUCGGGGGUUCCACUGCCAUUUUCAAGUUUGAGUUGUACUUUGGACUGUUGGUUUUCGUGGGCUACAUGGUAGUUGAUACCCAGGAAAUAAUUGAGAGGGCACACGUCGGAGAUAUGGAUUACGUGAAGCAUGCACUGACUCUCUUUACUGAUUUCGUGGCGGUUUUCGUCAGAAUCCUCAUUAUAAUGCUGAAGAACUCUGCGGAGAAGAAUGAAAGGAAGAAGAAGAGGAGGGACUGAAGUAGUGGCCGAAUGAAGAUGGCAACGACUGUGCAAGUUGGUUGCGCAUAAUCUCUUUCUCUGUGGUUGUUAACCUCAAUGUCAAUGUCAGAAAGAAGCACUUUGUAGGUUGUAACCGACUUAACUGAUGUGUAUUUCGAUUUGGACUAUAUGCAAUUGCAAUGCUUAAAUCUCUACAAGUUUUGUACGUA